GGCAGCAGCCACCCGAUGUCUUCGGCGCCCGAGAAGCAGCAGCCACCGCACGGCGGCGGCGGCGGCGGGGGAGGCGGCGCGGCCAUGGAGCCCGCGUCGUCCGGCCCGUCCAAGGCCAAGAAGACCAACGCCGGCAUCCGGCGCCCCGAGAAGCCGCCCUACUCGUACAUCGCGCUCAUCGUCAUGGCCAUCCAGAGCUCGCCCACCAAGCGCCUGACGCUCAGCGAGAUCUACCAGUUCCUGCAGAGCCGCUUCCCCUUCUUCCGCGGCUCCUACCAGGGCUGGAAGAACUCCGUGCGCCACAACCUCUCGCUCAACGAGUGCUUCAUCAAGCUGCCCAAGGGCCUCGGGCGGCCGGGCAAGGGCCACUACUGGACCAUCGACCCGGCCAGCGAGUUCAUGUUCGAGGAGGGCUCGUUCCGCCGCCGGCCGCGCGGCUUCCGAAGGAAAUGCCAGGCGCUCAAGCCCAUGUACAGCAUGAUGAACGGGCUCGGCUUCAACCACCUCCCGGACACCUACAGCUUCCAGGGCUCCGCCGGCGGCCUCUCGUGCCCGCCCAACAGCCUGGCGCUGGACGGAGGUCUGGGCAUGAUGAACGGCCACUUGCCGGGCAACGUGGACGGCAUGGCUUUGCCCGGCCACUCGGUGCCCCACCUGCCCGCCAACGGCGGCCACUCGUACAUGGGCAGCUGCGGCGCCGCGGCGGCCGGCGAGUACCCGCACCACGACGGCUCGGUGCCUGCUUCCCCUCUGCUGCCCGCGGCCGCCGGUGGGGUCAUGGAGCCCCACGCUGUCUACUCAGGCUCCGCGGCCGCCUGGCCGCCCUCCGCCUCCGCCGCGCUCAACAGCGGCGCCUCCUACAUCAAGCAGCAGCCCCUGUCCCCCUGCAACCCCGCGGCCAACCCCCUGUCCGGCAGCCUCUCCACGCACUCCCUGGACCAGCCGUAUCUGCACCAGAACAGCCACAACGCCCCAGCUGAGCUGCAAGGCAUCCCGCGGUAUCACUCCCAGUCGCCCAGCAUGUGUGACCGAAAGGAGUUCGUCUUCUCUUUCAACACAAUGGCAUCCUCGUCCAUGCACUCAGCCGGAGGUGGCUCUUACUACCACCAGCAGGUCACCUACCAAGACAUCAAGCCGUGCGUGAUGUGAGGCCACAGCCCCCGGGGCCCUCCGGGCAGGGGCUGGCCGUGCACUGGGACUUCGGAACCCAUCGCCAGAAACUGCUUUAUUUUCGAGGUAUAACCGUCGGCAGAAGCAAAGGGUUUGACCCCUCCCCGAGCGGAUUAUUCGGGAAAGGAAUCCCCAAGGCAAAGACGGAGCCCCGCUGUGGGCACCUCCCCGCCACCCCCUCAACAGUUUCUUUAAAAUGGUGAUGGUGGGGCCUGACCUGACUGCAGCUGUUGAAAAAUAAAUGUCUAUUUCUGAUCCUAUUGAAACGGGCUGAGAAGGUGCUGUGUUGGGGAAAAACCCUCAACAUCUAAACAAGCAUUCUGCUGAGGUCUCUCCCCCUCUUCCCUCCAAUGGCGAAAGUCGGGGAAGGAGAAAGGCAAACGUGAGACCGUCAUUAUCAAAUACUUUUAUUUUUUGGUUGAGUAUUUAUCUUUUUAUUUUUAAUUUUUUUUUUUUUUUGGAAAGAAUGUCUUGGAAUGCGCGUCUCCUUUCAGAGCCAUCUUUUGCAGGGAAGGGGGGGCAAGAAAUCGCCUUCUCCCUCCCCACCUCAGAAGUCCUCCAAUCAACCACAGGUGGAUGGAUCCUUGUGCGAGUAACUUGCAUUUCUGAAGCCACUGCUCGUCUUAGGAAAGAAACCAGAGGGAGCCCAGAGGCGGCGGCUCUCGGGCCUCUGCUGCCGUCCCCCUCCGCCUUCCUCUCCUUCCUUCUCUUCAGUGUUUUUGGUUUGGUUUCUAACUUUAUUUUGACUUUUUUGGUGGGUGUUUUUCUCCCGAGACCUGGCUGUCUCCUGAUCUCUACUGUAAACCUUCUGGUGGGAGAGUAAGGAAAGCACGGCGCCGCGGGGACCGGGAAGGCCCGCUGAGCGCUCCGAUUCAGGAUUGCGGUGACGCAGAAAGGUUAAGGCACUUUUAAAAAACGAUAGCAAGGCUCAUCCUGUUAUUUAUUCUACUUUCUUUCCCUAAUAAUCGAAACACCGCAUAGGCUCCUCCGUUUAUCAGUAUUAAUGGUGUAACUUUGUUGGCAAUAUUUGCCGCGUAGAGUUUUUUUUUUUUUUUUUAGGUAUCCAUUGUAAAUUUGAAACUAAGUCCGAUCUGUGUAAAGACAAAUUUCCAUAUGUUUUAUAUAAAUAAAUAUAUAUAUAUAUAUAAAAUGAAGGACCCCCCCCUUUUUUUUUAGUAUUUUGGCUGCUGGGGUGCAGCGUUUGUGACACGUAUUUUAAAUUUCCUUCUGCACUGUAUAAAAAUGACAAUUUGAGGAUGUUUUUGCCUUUUGUGUAUUUUUUCCUAAAAAAGAACAAAAAUAAAAAUGUAUAACAUUUGUACAUGGCCUUUAAUAUUGUAUCAACUAGAAAUAAAAUCGCAUGAGUAUUUUAUUGGGAUUGCAGAAUAUCUUCCAAAUACAGACAGAAACAAGCCUGGGAUCUCCAGCCUUUUUUUUUUUUAAUUUAAAGUAUGGAUGAUUCUUAAUACGUUUUUCUUUUUUAUUUCUUGGCUAAUCCUUCUCUUUUCACUCUUCAUUUCACGCUGAAGUGAAAUCUGGACAAGAGUAACUCUUUUUCUUGGCUUCUGUUUUUUAAGAAGAGCCCUCUGUCCCUCUAAAUGUCAUUUCUUGUUUUAAAGAAAUAAGCAAACGUUUAAAGAAAAACUAUAGUUGUCCCUCUCCCAGGGGAAAAACAUAUAUAUGUGUGUGUGUCUGUGUGUGUGUGUAUACGUAUAUACGUAAAAUAUUUUACACUUUGGUUUUGGCCACUCCAAGGCCAAUGAGAAUUAUACUUUGAGUUUCAGACUUUACUUUUCCCAUAUUCCAGCUGUUAUAAAUCAUGGAACAUCUUUUAAGGUUUUUUUUUUUUUUGGUAGGAUUUUGUGUGUGUGUGUGUGCCCUGCACUUGGUUUUCCCCAAUGGAGAAGCGAGUAGAAUUUGAGCAGGAAGAAGGCUGUUGGUGGGAGAGCAAGGUGAUAGGCAUGUUUCCAAUCUGCUUACAUUUCCCCCUAAAUCAUUAGGGGAAAAAUCCAUUUAAAAAAGUCUGUCUCCCCUACUGACCCUCUUUCUAUUCCAAUUCCCAGCUACCUAGGAAAACAAACACAAUAAAGUCACAUUGUCGGUGCAGCCGUUCAAGACCCACCGCAGUUUCUCCGCAUCAUGGGGUCGUGAGCCUCUGAACCUGGUUCUUCUCAAAUUUGACAUUCUGGACGUGAGGGCAAUUUCUCCGGUGCUCUGUUACAUCAAAAUUAUCAAUAAACUCGCCCAGGCAAUUAAUGCCCCAAACUAACAGCUGUCUAUAAAACCGAGAUAAAGGGCACAGGAAAAAGCUGGCGACUCCGUCCCUCGGGGUCGUGGGCGGCCGAAGCGGCGGGCCCGGGUCUCCCGGGCAGCGGGCGGGGAGCAGCUUCAUGGAGGGCGGAGGAGGCACUGUCUUCCGGGGCAGAGGCCACCCCUCCG